CUUUUUUAAAGCGUGUCAAAGGACCAAAGAAUCGAUUGUUAUAUUCACACACAAUAUAGCAGCCUAAUUUACUAUGACAUAUACACAGAGAUUCCUACACAAAAAAAAUGUUGCGUUUUAUUUUUUGUUAAGGUGGAAACACGAUUCAAAUUGUGGGGUAAGUUAACAAGCGAAUGAACACCUUCGAAAAGUAUAUCAGUGCGCUAAAUAGGAAGAGCAUUUUUAACAAGGUAAUUAAACAUUCGUCACAAAUGAAAACAACGAACUACUUGAUAAACGAGCAAUGAAACAAGCGACUUCAAAUUUCUAUCGUGAAAGAUGUUGGGUGUGUGGUCUAAGAAAUUAUCAAGUAAAAAUGAUUGAAAGCUUACCAAGGCUUUUCUUACUUCAAGGCACUGAAUAGGAAGGUGGCAUGGUAUGGGAGGCACAUCCGUAAUAAAAUACGUUGCCAUGGUAACCGUGACAAGCAUGCUACCACGCUGGUUAAAAUCUUGAUUCGCUCAUAUAAAAUAACUGUAAAGCUAAAUAAAAAAAAUUCCAAACUGCGAAUGGUGUUGGUAAGCUGGAAGCCUGCAGUAUUCGCUGACAAGCAACCCUGUGGACCUUUGCCAGCGCUUCGACCUCAUCACAUUACGUCUUCAAGGACUUCUCUAGCUGAAGUCAAAGCAGGUCAAAAUACUCUACGCCACUCUCAACGCCAUCUGCAAACAAUUCCGAAAUCAAGUGUCACAGUUCCAACAUUAGCAGCAGCAGAUGGACGCAACAUCGCCAGUUGCCGUCAUGGGACAGCGCGUUUCAGUUGACGGCUGCUACGCAACCGUGCGUUUCCAGGGAGCUGUGAAGGGAACUCAAGGAUUAUGGUUGGGUGUUGAAUGGGACGAUCCCGCUCGUGGCAAACACAACGGGUGUUACAAUGGAACGCAGUACUUCAAAACACGACACGCAACAGGAGGCUCUUUUGUGCGACCCUCAAAGGCAGAAUUGGGCAUUUCAGUGACCGAAGCCAUUAAAGCAAAAUACUUCGAACAUGAAAAAGAUGAAAAAACUAAAGGAAAGGAUAAACAGAGCACAGAAAAUGAGGCUGACGUGUGGCUUCUAGGAAAUAUUGGCAAUGCUCGGAGUAAUAUUAAAAUUAUUGAAUUCGUUGGACCUGAAAUGGUCUCUGAGCUGCAGAGUCGGCAAGAGCGUUUACGUAUUGUAAACCUUCACAAUUUGCCUGUGUCGUCAGCUGGCCGAGAGAUACCGUCCGUGGCGCCGUUCAUCUACGAACUCGAUUUGUCGCACACGUUACUCUCCCAUUGGGAUACUGUAGCGUUAAUUGCUCAGCAACUCCCGCAUCUCACCGAACUCAAAUUAGGUAAGAACCAUCUUCGGGUUCCGAGCCUGGUUACAAAACACCAAGAGGCAUUCCAGUCUGUGAAAAACAUCUCUUUGGAGGCAAGCAAUCUUACCUGGGAGCACAUUCUGCAAUUGGCCCCGAUGUGGCCACAUAUCGAAGCUUUAGAAGUUAGUGCAAAUAACAUCAGUUCUUUGACGACACCCCCGAAAUCGCUGUUUUAUAAUUUGCAAUCUCUCAGCCUUCAAGAAAACCCGUUAAGUUCGUGGCAAGAAGUUGCUCAUCUUGCGUAUCUGCCAAAGUUGCGUGAACUCUACUUGAAUGGGUGUCGACUUCAAAGCAUCUCAUUCCCAGGUGCCCCUGGACAGCAAAUUGAGCAAUUCACGAACUUGGAACGUCUUGAGGUGGCUGGAAACUCAUUGACCUCAUGGAGGAGCAUAGCAGAGCUUGAAAAACUCGGUGCGCUGAGGCAGCUUCGAGUGAAUGGCAACCCUGUCAUGGAAACUGCCGGAAGUUUCGAUGAGGCAUUUAAUGAGAUUUUAUGCCGAUUAGGCCGCGUGUCUAACUUGAACCGUAUGGACGUGUCUCGAGAAACAAGGAAAAAUGCUGAGUUGUACUACCUUAAAAAGUGCUUCGUGGACUACCAGCGAAGCCAAUCAGGUGUUGAAAACGAUGCGUUGCAGUUCCACUGCCUUCACCCACGGUUCUCCCACCUGCUUAAAGAAUACGGAGAGCCUGUCAUAGUUGUCGCGGAGAAUAAACCGGAAAACAUUAAGAAGACUUUACUAUCGUUGGUGUUUAUUGCUGUGGACAACCCCUCACUACUGCCUGUAGAAAAAAAGGUUCCGUCGAGCAUGUCGUUAACCAACCUUAAAAAAAUGGUAAAUGUGAUGUUCAAAACUCCAGGCAAGCGGCGCCCAGAACUAACUUACUAUCCCACCGAUGAAAGAUAUGGUGAUGGAAGACCGGAGUACGAUUUUGGAAAUGAUCUUCGUGAUCUUAAUUAUUAUGACAUUCAGAAUGGUGACAAAAUUUUCGUUAGAUGGUAAAAGCUUCUCCAUAAGACUUUGUGAACAAGUAGGGCAAACAUACACAUCAAACCUAACCUAGGCAUUUCUCGAACCAUAAAAGAACGAGCCAAGGCGCUUCGGCAGCUUUAGCAAGAACGAAAAAACAACUAACGGCGUACCUUUUACACACAUGAGGGAUUCUGGUUGGAUUUACGGAGUCUUCUCAGAUACGAAAUUGCCGAUAGGCAACAGCCAUGGUGUAAUCUUUAGCGGAAAUUCAUACUAGUAGUGUAAUAGUAAUAUAUGAAAGGACGUUGUAAAUACAUAAAUACAUUCGUAUGAAAAGAAAUAUCUGUUGCAUAUGUAAAGGAAAUAAUAAAUGUGAACACUGAAUCAUAUAUUGCAUAUAUAGUAUUUAAUGCAAAACAUAGAAAAAAAAAAAGUACGUUCUUUGCUUUGGUUUCAAUAAUAUUGCAGCUGGAAGGAGAGAGAUGGAACAAGUGGGGCAACAUUAGUGAAGUUUGAAUCGAUAUAAGACGUUGGUCUGUUGGAACUUCUGGUAACAGUUACUGAUGGUAAAGACGUCCUAAGAAUGCUUUUCCUUUGGCUGGCGCUAAGUAAUAUGAUGUAUUUUAUCGGUCCUUUAGAGUUUAUUCUGGCAACUCAAAGCGGUGAAAGUACAUGAAAAGUGAGAGCCUAAGGUGGAUGAAACGUUGAUAAACAUCAGUGAAAAUGAAACAGUGACUAGACCUUGUGAUCUACUCGAAAGCUUCAGAAAACGUAUAUGAAUUAACUAUGGGUGGCAUUUCUCCUUGGCGGUUAGAUGAAAAUGUAGUGCCAACCAGUCAAAUGUAUUAACAACAACCAUCAUUGUAAAUGUUAUGUAAAUAAAUAAAGAUAACAGCUUUCAAAUAAGUUGUA